CAGAGGGAAGGAUACACUUUCUUAUGCACAAGUUAUAUCUUACAACAACAUAUGUUCGAACUUCAUCUCUCACCUCCAUCCUCUCAUUAUCAUCCUCUCCAUCAUCAUCUCCAUCAUCAUCACCCAACAACAACAUUCACGACAAUUACAAUUUCGCCAUAUCUAGAUUACACGAGGGGCGGCACUUGCGAUGUUUCCUGUCGCCUCCUCCCGCUAUUUCUCGCACUUGGUGUCAAAAAGGCAGCAGGGAGCGCGCAGAAAGCGCUUGGCGAAGCACUGGUGGGGAUUAAGCUCUGGGCGCAGACAUUCCGUGUGCUGCAGCUUACAGGAGACCGAAAGGUUCCCCUCCUCAUCGAGAAAGGAGGAGAGCUCGACGAUGGCAGACACGUGCUGCAGGUAAAUCUCUCCCGGCCGCUCAAAGGGAGGAACAGCUGACGUCUUGGUCGCAACCCAUCCCGUCUCUUUGGUCCUUGUAAUGUGACACGCUGUUGAUCGCGGGGCGUCACACGUGACAUUGAGAGCAGCCGUCAGCGUCUGGAAGUAGGUCGUACGAACUAGAAAGCGCCAGAAUGUGCCGUCUGUGACCUGAAGCC